UUUUUACAUUUGAUAUAUUAAUGCCUAAAUUAAAACAUUGAAUAGAUCAUCAUGCAAAAUGAUAUUAUAUAUAUAUAUAUGAUAUAGAGUGGGAAUGAAGGAGUAAAUAGAUUUGGGGAGUAUAAGCUAGUGUUUAUUGGUUGUUGGAGUUGAUCAUCUUAGAUAAGUGUGCGAGUGAGCCAUUUUAAUUUAAAUCAGUGAGAAACUAUCGUGAAUUAAGGCGUAGUUGAAUCCACAAAACAAGGGAAAGGGGAGGGAUGAAAUUACAAAGAGAAUAAAAUGAUAGCUCAACCGAGCCUGCACAGUGUUUGUGAUGAGAAGAGAGUUUGACAGGGACGUAGGGAGGUGAUGUGUUGGAUAGUGGGGCAAUGGGGGGCAUUCAGUGUGAUUUCAUAUAUAAAAUGGCAAACCAUCACACCAUUUUCUUUCAUUCCUCCCUGUACUUUUGGCAUUUGAUUUCUCAACAGUUUGCUGCUGACUCUUGUUGCACUGAGCAAACAGGAACCAGAAUUACUAUUUGAAGCCUUUCCUAUUAUGGAAAAUCAUCACCACAAUUCAAGAUUCAAGCGUGUAUGCGUCUUCUGUGGUAGCAGUCCUGGCAAGAAUCCUAGCUACCAGCUUGCUGCUAUUCAACUUGGCCAACAACUGGUUGAAAGGGACAUUGACUUGGUUUAUGGUGGAGGAAGCAUUGGCUUGAUGGGGCUCGUCUCUCAAGCUGUCUUUGAUGGCGGCCGCCACGUGUUGGGGGUAAUUCCCAAGACACUGAUGCCAAGAGAGAUAACAGGCGAGACCGUGGGAGAAGUAAGAGCUGUAUCAGGAAUGCACCAACGUAAAGCUGAAAUGGCUCGUCAAGCUGAUGCCUUUAUUGCCUUACCAGGUGGUUAUGGAACCUUGGAAGAACUCCUGGAAGUGAUCACUUGGGCUCAGCUAGGAAUCCAUGACAAACCUGUGGGAUUGCUGAACGUGGAUGGCUAUUACAACUCACUCUUAUCAUUCAUAGAUAAGGCUGUUGAUGAAGGGUUCAUAGCACCAGCUGCCCGUAGCAUAAUUGUGUCUGCCCAAACUGCCCAAGAUCUAAUGUGCAAGCUCGAGGAAUAUGAACCUAAACAUUCUGGGGUGGCCUCCAAGUUAAGCUGGGAAAUGGAACAACAACUGGGUUUCACUGCAAAAUCAGACAUUGCUCGUUGACCCCACCACCCUUUCGUGUAACAGUAGAUUCUUACAAGUCCCCAACAGAUAAAAAAGAAAGGAAAAAAACAUUAUAGAUGCUAAGCUCCAAGUUCCAGUUUGGAAGGUGUGAAGUAUUUGUUGUUUGUUAUUUGGUUUAAUUUCAUUAGCAUCUGACAAGGACAAAAAAACAUUGUCAGUGAUUUUAUUAGUCGGUGAUUGCUAAUUUUGUAUAUUUUUAUAAUUUAUUGUAAUUGUUAGUACGUUUCUGGAAAGGGGGGGGGGGGGUUUCCUUGUCCUAAAGUUUCGGUUGCAAUGAAACAGGGAAGAAGCAGCAGAUGAAACACAGCAAAACUAUUCCCUCCGCUAUCUUCAUUAUUAAUUUAAGCUAUACCCAUAUAAUUUUGUUUUUAUAA